AAGAGGAGACAUAGGGGGCUUGGUGAGAUACCCUGAAACCUCCCCCCUCUGACCCCGCAGCCAGGCCCCAGGCUGGCCGGGAGUGGCCCCUCACACUGGUUCUCCCCACUUUCUCUGCCUGUGGCAUCGAAGGCCCCGGGCACCAUGGCCCAGGCCCUGGGGGAGGACCUGGUGCAGCCUCCCGAGCUGCAGGAUGACUCCAGCUCUUUGGGAUCCGACUCAGAGCUCAGCGGGCCUGGCCCAUAUCGCCAGGCCGACCGCUAUGGAUUCAUUGGGGGCAGCUCAGCAGAGCCAGGGCCGAACCACCCACCUGCAGACCUCAUCCGCCAACGGGAGAUGAAGUGGGUGGAGAUGACCUCGCACUGGGAGAAAACCAUGUCCCGGCGGUACAAGAAGGUAAAGAUGCAGUGCCGGAAAGGCAUCCCGUCUGCCCUGCGCGCCCGAUGCUGGCCCCUGUUGUGUGGGGCCCAUGUGUGCCAGAAGAACAGCCCUGGCACCUAUCAGGAGCUGGCAGAGGCCCCUGGAGACCCACAGUGGAUGGAGACCAUUGGCAGGGACCUGCACCGUCAGUUCCCUCUGCACGAGAUGUUUGUGUCGCCUCAGGGCCACGGGCAGCAGGGGCUCCUGCAGGUGCUGAAGGCCUACACCCUGUAUCGACCGGAGCAGGGCUACUGCCAGGCCCAGGGGCCCGUGGCUGCUGUGCUGCUCAUGCACCUGCCCCCAGAGGCCUGUGCCCUGCCCCUUCCCCAGGAGGCCUUCUGGUGCCUGGUGCAGAUCUGUGAGGUCUACCUCCCUGGGUACUACGGACCCCACAUGGAGGCUGUGCGGCUGGACGCUGAGGUGUUCAUGGCCCUGCUGCGGCGGCUGCUUCCGCACGUGCACAAGCACCUGCAGCAGGUGGGCGUCGGGCCCCUGCUGUACCUGCCCGAGUGGUUCCUGUGCCUCUUCGCCCGCUCCCUGCCCUUCCCCACAGUGCUGCGUGUCUGGGAUGCCUUCCUCAGUGAGGGUGCCAGAGUACUGUUCCGUGUGGGGCUGACACUGGUGCGCCUGGCGCUGGGCACUGCAGAGCAGCGAGGGGCCUGCCCUGGCCUCCUGGAGACACUGGGAGCCCUUCGAGCCAUCCCCCCCACGCAGCUGCAGGAGGAGGCCUUCAUGUCACAGGUGCACAGCGUGGUGCUGUCGGAGCGGGACCUGCAGCGGGAGAUCAAGGCCCAGCUGGCCCAGCUGCCCGAUUCCGCGCCGGGACCCCCGCCCCGGCCACAGGUCCGCCUCGCCGGGGCCCAAGCCAUCUUUGAGGCCCAGCAGCUGGCAGGGGUGCGACGAGGCGCCAAGCCUGAGGUGCCUCGGAUUGUGGUGCAGCCCCCGGAGGAGCCCAGACCACCACGGCGGAAACCCCAGACCCGCGGCAAGACUUUCCAUGGGCUCCUGACUCGGGCCCGGGGCCCCCCCAUCGAGGGGCCCCCCAGGCCCCAACGAGGGUCCACCUCCUUCCUGGACACCCGCUUCUGAGAGGACCAUGGACUUAGUGUCCCCCAGUCUCAAUUGCCUGAUGGCUGAUGCCAGCCCGGCAAAUAGGCACCGCACUUUACUCUUGGGACUCAGGGACUUGGCUUCCUUCCUGGCAAGGACCAGGCAGUGGGGAAGGAGGAGGUCCUCCAUGGUACAUACUGGGUCAGGCACUAGCAUGGAGGAGGGUCACAGAGUGGGGCACGUGAGGACCCAUGGAACCGUCCUGGUGCCCAGGCCCUCACAAGUACCAAAGCCAGCACCAAAGGAGUCAGGGAAGGGGUUGGCUGAGUCAAGGGACCCCAGAGGGCACCAGGAAUAAAAUCUUC